UAUGGUACGGCUAGCUCAGCUACCUUGAUAUAGAACACGGUUCCUAUACUUAGCCCACACAGUUCUACGGUACGGCUACGUAAGCCUCCACGCACACAGAGUAUAUAUACGGCGUACGUAGCCUAGAUAGAUGCUCAUCCAAUACAUCACUUACCUCGUUCAAUGCAUUGUUUCACCUCCAUCCUCAUUAUUCAAUGGCAAGGGGCUCGAUACGACGCUUCAUAAAGGCGCUUGCCUUUCGAGGAGGUGGCUCAGCCAAUCUGGCAUGAGGUGCUCUGAGAAUCGAAUUGAUUGCAGACCUCUACAGCUGGGCAGUUGUGAGAGACAAGCCAUAGGAGAAACGAGCGAUGGGCUAGUCGCUAACUACCUGGCUGUGACGUGGAGUUCUAGGCAUAUCAGUCGCUCAAAUCCGCGCAUAUGGCGACGACUUUUUGUAGGAAUAGCAACUGAAUCCUAUCCUUAUUACAGUACAAGAAGGUCCAUCAUCAAUUCACAGAUGACCGCCCUCGGUCAAGCCCUAUCAGCUGAAGAAGCCUUUCAGACUAUCACCUCUCUACGGACACCAACAGUGCUUCGUUUAAUGAUGGGAGAGCUCGGUAAAAGAGGGUAGGCCGGGAGAAUCGCUGAGCAGCCUUUUGAGAGAAGAAGCAUAACACGGGUGAUCUGAAAG